AUGCUCUAAAAUUUUAUAUAAGAAUUUGUGCAUACUCAAUUCACAUUAAGACCUUAAUUGUAUUAAAGAUGUGGUUUUGAGGCUAGACAUUUUUUUAAUUUCGGAGAACAUUGUGAUCCUAGACAUUAAUUACCAAUUAGCAUAGUAAUAUGGAGAUUGCCACCUGGAGAACAAUUAAAAUAAGCAACUCAUUCUUAAAAUGACAUUAUCACUUAUAUUUUAAAGGGAUAAUACAGAUAAGAUAAGUAUUAUUUAAAAUUGAUUUAUAUAGCUCAAUCUCUGAAAAUUAAUCAUUUAAAGAAGGAGAUGCAAUAUAAUAUAUUUGUGGAAAUGAUAAUUCAUAUCAUAGAGAUAGUAAUAACUCUUAAGAUGUUUCAGAAAUACUAUAAAUUUUUAUAUAAAAUAUUGAUGUCCAAAGGAAUACCUGUUAAUAAAUAUACAAGUAAAAUUAAAUAAUAAGAAAUGAAAAAUAUUAUGAAAUGUGUAUAUUGGAAGGUGAUUCAAUAAUAGACAACACAAAUUUCACUUUUCUUAUAAUUAUCAAUUUGGAUGAGGCCUUGUUGACAAUAGAUGAGAAACUCAAUUUAAGAAAAUACGAAUGCUAAUAUUUCAAUACCUUAAGUAAAAUUAAAAUUAGUGGUAACAAAUAUAUUGUAAUUAAAUUGCUUUGA